UUCACAUCAUCUUUCCUCCCACGUACAGAAACAAUGGGAACCUGGUUCCUUAUCCUCCUCGCAGCCGCCAUUGUUGCUCUGCUCAAACCUUUCAUCAACCUCAAUUCCCCUUCUAAAAAGCCUCCCAAAACUCUUCCUCCAGGCCCUUCCACUUUCCCCAUCAUCGGCAACCUCAUAUGGCUCACCAAAUCCUUCUUCGAAAUCGAACCCAUCCUCCGUACCCUCAGCUCUAAACUCGGUCCAAUGGUCACUCUCCACAUCGGUCCUCAUCCCUCCAUUUUUGUCUUCGACCGUACCCUUGCUCACCAAGCUCUUGUUCAAAACGGUUCCAUCUUUUCAGACCGCCCCAAAGCCCUUCCCACCAACGAGUUCAUGACUUGCCACCAACGUAACAUCAGUUCCGGCACUUACGGCCCCACAUGGCGGCUUUUGCGCCGGAACCUCAUGUCGGAAAUCCUCCAUCCUUCGCGUAUAAAAUCCUAUUCCCAUGCACGUAAAUGGGUUUUGGACAUUCUUUUGAAUAAUUUAAUGAAAAAGUCAAAAACCGGAGAACCAGUUGAGGUUUUGUCUCAUUUCCGACAUGCCAUGUUUUGUUUACUGGUUUUGAUGUGUUUCGGUGACAAGCUUAGCCAACAACAAAUCGAAGAGAUCGAAGUUGUCACUCGAAAGAUUCUUUUGAGUUCUGAUCAGUUCAAUAUACUUAAUGUUUGUCCAAGUGUUACCAAGGUUUUGUUUCGACAUCAAUGGCGGAAGCUCUUCCAGUUACGUAAAGAUCGAGAAAAUGUACUGCUUCCAUUGAUAAGAGCAAGAAGAAAAGCUAAAGAUGAAUCGAAAAACAAGGAAACUGAUGAUUAUGUGUUGGCUUACGUCGAUACUUUAUUGGACUUAGAGCUGCCAUUGGAGAAAAGGAAGUUCGAUGAAGAAGAAAUCGUGACAUUAACCUCUGAGUUUCUUAACGCCGGCACCGAUACAACCACUACAGCUCUACAAUGGAUAAUGGCAAAUUUGGUGAAAUACCCUAAAAUUCAAAACAAAUUAUGGCUCGAAAUCAAAAGUGUAAUGGGAGAUAAUGAUGAUGAAGAAAUCAAAGAAGAUGAUUUGCAGAAGAUACCGUAUUUAAAAGCAGUGAUAUUGGAAGGGCUGAGACGUCACCCGCCAGGCCACUUCGUGUUACCUCAUCGUACGACGGAAGACACCGUGUUGGGUGGUUUUUGGGUGCCGAAAAACGGAACGAUCAAUUUCAUGGUGGCGGAUAUGGGGUGGGAUCCGAAAGUUUGGGAAGAUCCGAUGGCCUUUAAUCCCGAAAGGUUCUUGAAAACCGAUGAUUUUAAUGGCGAAGUGUUUGAUUUAACAGGGAGUAGAGAGAUUAAAAUGAUGCCGUUUGGUGUGGGAAGAAGGAUUUGUCCUGCACUUGGGUUAGCUCUUCUUCAUUUGGAGUAUUUUGUGGGGAACAUGAUAUGGAAAUAUGAAUGGAAAGCCAUGGAUGGAGAUUCCAUUAGCUUGGAAGAGAAGCAAGAGUUCACUGUUGUGAUGAAAACGCCAUUAAAGGCCCAGAUUUCAGCUAGGAAGAAGAUAUAAGUUAGCAGACCUAACAUUUCACUAUGUUAUAAUCGUUUUAAAAUAUCUAUAUAUUACCCAAUACAUAUGUUUUUUGUUAUACAUACAUAUAUAUAUAUAUAUAUUGUAUUAAGUUGAUUUAGAUACAUAUAACCUUUUAACCUUUACUAUCAUGUUGUAUUGUAUGCACUAUUAGUUUGUCAUAAUCAUCUUUAUAUAAGUAUUAUUACUUGAUGGCAUUGUUA